AUGGCCCAGAACAACACAAAUCUCUUCCUGGAAAUACUUCAGUCUUUUGAUGCUGGUAAGUUUUUUUCAUAUUUCUUUUUUCUUCUAGCUGCUCUUUUUUCAUGUGGUUUCUCUAAUUGGCACAGUUGUCCUCCAAAGAAUACAAGCUUUAACCCUCUCUAGUACAGACACAGUAUGCGGUCCUGGUUCCUUUUUUGAAGAUUUCCUCAUACUACAAUUUAAAAUUAUGACGAUAUCCUUCCCUAUUUUUCUUGACUUUUUGCUCAAACUCAACUAACAUGUUUUCUUGGUGUUUUCCCCCUAGUUUCUCCAAAUGCCGUUUCCAGAUGACUUUUAACCAGUGUCUUCUUUCCCUUUUUCCAGAAGUUAGAAAAGAAAACAGCAGUGGAAAUAAUAGGCUAGUCGCAAAGUAGUCUUUUUAAUGCUUGGCUGUAUCAAAAGGAAAUUGAUUUGUUUUCCCUGGCAGCAGUCCAACAGGAUAUGUCUUGGCUGCUGCAUUCUCUCUUUUCUCAAGCAUGCUUAUGUUGACAUUAGUUUUGCUGAGGCAAAGACACAAUGUACAAAAAGUCAUUGCCAUUUUUUAAGGGGGGGGGGGGGGUAUUCUCAGCUUGUUGUCCCCAAAAAUCCUGCACAAUAGACAAAAGUCUAUAAUCAUUAUUUUGUGGGCACCAUCUUGCAAGGAGCUGUUGACAAUCCUCCAUUUAUCAUAAACAGAUGGUUUUUGUAAUCUUGCUUGGGGCACAUAUUCUAAUUAGGAUUCCUUUUAUUCUCAGGAGAUGGCAAAAACUUAAAAAUUGUAGAUGAUGAAGGUGUAUUGUUUUUGUAUAACUGUAUUAAACUUUUGUCCCUCAUGGUACACCUGUGGAGUAGGUAGUUUUAAAAAGAGGGCGGGAUUGAUGAAAACAGAAUACUUUUGUUGGAACAAAAAUAUGUAGGAUGUUGGAAAAGAACCCAUCAAAACUACUAAGUAAUAUGUGUUGAUAUGUGUUUCUGUCUUCGCAGUCCCUCUCAUCAUAGCAUUCUGUGUGUCCAUGGCUGUUGGCCUGGUCUUGGGGGCCCUGAUUUAUGUAAUCUUAACAUGGAUGUCCCGACGCAAAGCAGGAUCUGCCAGUAUCACUCACCGCCCUCCUCGUCAAUCUCACUUAUCCUCCCGUAACCGACCUGGCUUCAACCGCAACAGCAGCUAUGAUCGGCGCAGCAACAACAGUUUGAUCAGUGCCGCAUUUAGCUUUCACCGCCAGACUUCCUCCCCGGAUCAAUUCGACCCACUGGGACACAAAUCCAGCUUCAGGGCCUCCACCUUUCAUCCGCUCCUCCAGUGCAGCCAAAUUGCAAGAGAAGCAGAGGAAGGGAGUCAGACUACGCUGCCCCGCACACCAACUCUUGGCACAUCGACUACAUCGGCUACACUAGCAGCCCAGCAAGGUGCCACUCCACGCAGACCAGAGUCAUUCUGGGGGAACAAUGGCCUUAGGGGUCCUAAUGCAACGCAGACCCCACCUCCAGCUUAUGAGAGCAUUAUUAGAGCUUAUCAGUAA